AUGCAUUAUUUUAAUCAUUCUAAACGCGAUAUUCGAUCCUUAUCUAUUUUAUAUAAAAUAUGCACCCUUUUAGCUGUUAUACCUUGUGAUUCCUUCAAAAACACAAACGUAACAAGUACAGCUUGGAAAAAAAUAAAAGGAUUGUUACUGAUAGGUGGAAUAUCAAUAGGUACAGCUUAUUCUAUGUACUUUCGCCACAUUUUUUAUAAAAAUUUAUACACACUGACACAUUUGGUGCUUGAUUACAUAGACGAAUUUUUUGUGGUUAUGAUAGCCUUUACAGUUAUAUUCAACUCAUGUUUUUGUAGCAAAGAUUGCUGGAUUAAGCUAAAUAACAAUUUGCAGCAUAUUGACGAAGUAUUAAAGAAUAAAGACAAAAAAGAACAGAAUUUAUUGCGCAACAUUUCGAUUCAGUUUACAGGAUACUUUCUCGUGUACGUUUUUAAUGUUCUAUUUUUAAUGUACAUAUGGAUGGAAAAAAUGGGUGUAGAAAGCCUUCAAAGCCACGCAUUGCACCAAUUCUGCUACGUCUACGAUCUUCUGUUACACUUUCUGAUUUUUACAAUAUGUUCAGCAUUGCAGUGUAGAUACGAUGAUUUAAAUGACUUAUUGGAAAGUGAAGCCAAUGAAUAUUCGGAGAACAACAUCAUGACUUCUCUCCGAAAAAUCGAAAAUGUAUCACAGAUACUUAGUGAAACUGUAAACUUGUUUAAUGAAGUCUUUGGUACACCGUUGAUUUUUAUUACAGGCAAAAGUAUCACACAGCUGUUAACGUGUCUAAAUUUUCUCACCAACAAUUUAAAAAUUGACGAUGUGGAGUUUAAACACAGACUUUUUGUUGCCAAUGUUACACUAGUAAUUUAUACCUUGGUGUCUGUUAGCUACAUAAUGAUAUCUGCUGAUAGAGCGACAGCUUCAAGCACAAAAACCACUUCUCUGUGUUACAAAUUUCAAGAACAAUUUGUAACAAAAUCAGAAGCGCGUUUAGAACUUUUCAAAUUAGCACAACAAACUACUGCCAGUACAGCAGUUAUAACAGCUGCUAAUUUUUUUCAGAUUAACAAAGCAACGCUUUUUGGAUUAUUUGGAACAACUACAACUUACUUCAUCGUUAUUUUACAAUUCAAUCAAAGCUUAUCAGGAAAUUAA